CAUAAGUUUGAGCCCUUUGACUCGUUCAUUCGGAGGUGCUGUAAACUGAACUUCGUGAUCAUGUGGAACUCAGCAGCUUUCGCUCGGAGUUAACGCUCACAUAUCUGGGAAGAUGUGGUUAGCAAACUUCAAAAACCAGCCGAUAAAUUACUACAGAGAAAACACACCAAGGGACGAAUAUCAGAAUACGUGACAGGGUAUUGUUUGAGGAUGGAUCGGAGCGCAUCGGAGCGGACCGCGCUGCGGCGGUUCGGGGACAGUGGCAUGAUGCUUCUGCCCUGGACUAAACAGAUCCUGACGGUGGUGUGGGAACAGUUGCGACUGCUGGUCCAGGUCAUCUGCUGCACUUUGAUGACGGUUUUCCAGAUGUUCAGGUUUGAAGUCCAUCUGAGAAUCACAGACGAGACAGGGCAACACAUUCAGCACAUGACAAGUGGGUCAGGAGACCCUUCUGACGGUUUCCUGCUCUCAUCCUUGUUUGAAAACAACAAAAACAUAGUGGUUGGGGGUUCCAAUCCACUUUCAAAAUUCGGCCGAGACCCAUUUGACGUGAGCUCCCACUCCAGAGCUGUUCUGUCCAGUCUAGUCAGCGAUGAACUUUGUUGCUCUUUGGUGGACGACCUCGUGUCCCAUGCAACAGAGUGUCUCAAUGACACCGAAGAUCUCUAUAUUGGAGAUCACUCCAUGUGGAAACACGGAUAUGACUGGACCGUUUUAGGAGGUUCCGAGAGGAAGUGUGGAGAGAGCACCUGCACUUUUACCGCACAUGUGUCAGGGUUUUCUGCAAAGGAUUUUGUAAAGCAUGAAAAGCCCAUCAGUGAUCCUGACUCAUCUACGGAGGAUGUUCGAGCUCCAUGUCAAGUGCAGUCAGUCGGUCAUCUGUCAGACAGCGAGUUCAGCUGGGGUAGCACAGACAGCUCUUGUUUCGAAGGAGAACGAGAGGAGAGUGACAAACUCUGGGAACUUCUGACCAGCUCGACGGAUCCAUAUCACCCGCUGCACUUCACGGCAUGUUUAUCCAGUGCGGUUGCUGAAAAGAGCAAAAUGCAAGUGGUUUCAAAGUCUGAAAGUCCGAUAUCACAAUCCACUGCAUCUACAGGCUCAGAAUCUUCCAAACCAGGUUCUUCUGAAGAUGAAGAAGAAGAGGCCUUAUGGAGAUCCCUCUCUCAGAAUGAUGACCCAUAUCACCCGUUGAAUUUCAGAGCCCCACUUCAAAGCUCACCAGCUACACCAAUACCUUCCAAACAUGAAAGUAAAACGAGACUCUUUAAAUCUUCAAGGCGCUCAAAGCCGCUUUUACCGCCAAGCAAAGUUCCUCGCCAUUGCUGCCGAAAAUUACCCUUUGAGACAUUAUCGGUGGUGCCAUGGAGAAGAUAUGUUGGUCUGACAGCUGUUCAGGACAACCAGAGGAAAUGUCCCACUGUUAAGAAGGUGAAAUUUUCUCCCAUCGUACAAGUUCACAAGAUGCACACUUGGUCCUUUGCUCUCCAAGCAUCACGUAAGGGACCAUGGGAGGAGCUUGCGAGGGACAGAGACCGAUUCCGAAAGAGAAUCAGUGAAACUGAGAAGGCCAUUGGCUACUGUUUUAGUUUAUCACACAGAGAAAAGCUGUGGGCCUAUAAGGACAGCGUACAGAAGAAAUAACCAGACCUUGGUCUGCAAAAAGUUGCUUCUGAUUGUAAUUAUUGAUCUUAUAGUUCCCAGGCCAGCCUCUAGACUAUUAUAUUGACUUAAAUUGACAAUUAUACCUCACUGCUGUGUCCCAACACACAUUGUACCUUGACUGCUACUAAAUGUUAAUCAUUUUUUGCUAUGCCUUACAGACUGUUCAGUGUGACUGAUUACACACAUUUAUUUUAACAGAAAUUGUGGAUAUGUUGGAGUUGUAGAUUAGUGUUAAUUUAUUUAAAGGGUUAGAUUACCCAAACAUGAAAAUUCUGUAAUCAUUUACUCUCAUGUCAUUCCAAAUCUGUAUGACUUUCUUUAUUUAUUUAUUUUUUUUUGUUUUGUUUUGUUUUGUUUUGUUCAUACAAUGAAAGUCAAUGGGGUCAAGAGUUGUUUUGGGGUCCUUUCAUUGUAUGUACAAAAAAUUCUUUAAAAUAUCUUCUUGUGUUUGAAGGUCAUACAGGUUUGGAAUGACAUAGUAAAUGAUGACAAUUUUCAUUUUUUGGAUGAACUAACCCUUGUUUAUUUCAAUGGUUUGAAAUGACGUGAGAAUAGGCUGCUAAAGUUUGUUUUUAAAUUAUUUAUAAAGUUGGAGAAAAUGCAAGAAAAAAAGGUAACAAGGUAAAAAGGUUACAAUGCACCUCAAUGUUUACAUAUAUAUAUAUACAUUUGUUCAAACACCACCAUUUAAAAGUUUGGGGUCAGUAAGAAAUUUAUUAUUAUUUAUUUUAUUUUUUUAAGAAAUUUAUACUUCUAUUCAGCAAGGAUUAGGGCUGCAAAGGGGCAGAAAAUUUCCUGAAACUUUCCAUGGGAAGUUAAGCUGGGGAAUUUUGGAAAGUUUAUGAAUUAGAAACUUAAUGAGAAUUUAUGGGAAUUAAUUGGUAAUUUGGGGUAACUGUAUCAUAUACAAACAUAAAUAUAAACAUUUUGUUUGGUCAAAAGCAGACAUUAAUUCCUAUAUAUUCCUAUUAAUUCCCAUGGAAAGUUUCCAACUUUAAAAAUUCUGAAAACUGGAGUAAUGAUGCAGAAAAUUCAGCUUUGCAUCACAGGAAUAAAUUAUACAUUUUAAUAAUAUUCCACAAUUUUACUGUAUUUUUAUCAAAUAAAUGCAGCCUUGGUGAGCAUAAGAAAUUUACUUCAAAAUCAUAAAAAAAUGAUACCAACCCCAAACUUUAGAGCAGUGGUGCAAAUGUUGAAAAUGUCAUCCUACACCCUGUUGUUACACAAAAACAGAUACCACUAUUAUCAGAUAUUUGCUAAAUUUGACUUCACUGAUCAUUGCAAUUUGUACUUGAGAAUAAAUAAAAUGGCAGUAAUUUUUGC